AUGGUUGUCGAGAGUAAUUGUGGAUGCUAUAACUAUGGAUGAGCUCCGGAGCUUUUAGAGGGCGGCGGCAAGGAGAGCAGUCUCAGCGGCGGAUUAGAAGCUGUGUCCCGUGGCGGAAAUAGCUGCUCCGGUCGUUUCAGAUCUAUGCGGCCAAGCUUUUCGGCGACGGCGUGGUUCGGAGAUCCAGUCCAAGGUACUUCCUCCGGUUGUUGGGAUCAGGCUGCGACGGGUCGGAAUCGACGGCUCGUUGACAACGAACUUGGAGCGACCGAAAGGCCGCUGGUGAAAUCAAGAGUCGGAUGGCUUAUUCGAAAAGUUCCAGUUUAUAUGGCUUAA